GUCCCUGAGUUCCGGUCUAACGUCAAGUCUUGAAAUACCAAACACCGCAACAUACAAGUCUUUCCCAAACGCAAACUUCUCUUACCGUCGGUUUUAACCUUGCCAACGAAUUAGCGUCAAAUUACUGAUAAUAUCACAACGCCGCUGAUUGGAUUCGUCCCUUGUUGUUAACCUACGAACAGGAAAAUGAGUGAUUUAGAGGACGAGGAUGUAAUACUCGAUGACAUAAAAGCUCUCCAAGAAGUUCUUACGAAAAAACAAUCGGACGGUUUGAAAAAGGAGUUGGUUUCCGAAGAUCCAUUUAGAACAGAACACAGUCAAUGCGAGCCGUCGACGUCUCAAGCGAACAAUCCUCUAUCCCCGUCGAGCACGAUUCAGGACAGCUGCACUGUCGACCCACUUGUCGAUGGCGAAGAAAGUGAUAACGAAUGGAACGAGAAUAUCAAUAGCAGUUUGGAUCUUUCGAGUCCCGAGGCUGCGUUGAAUCUAAAUAGAAAAAUAAUAAAUCUCUUGGUGAAUGCUCAAAGAAAGCUUCGCCUCCUGCUCAAAGAGUGUCAGCGUAAACAAGUGCUAAUAGAUGAAAAACUUCAAAAGCUAAAUUCCAACCCAUUUUCUAGAACGCUAUUAACCAUUAGCGGGAUCCCGUAUUUCAAAGACAAGCGUCAUUUUCCCGCACCCAAGAACCAGGACGCUAAGUUGAAAGCCAAUCGUGGUGAGCUACAGAUUAUUGAACUUCCGUGCCCUUUGCGAUGGACUCUGAAAGAUCGGAACACGCUGUGGGAGGCUAUUUUUUGCGAGGCUAAGAUGACUGCCCAACAAGUAGCAAGAAAACAACAACCUAAUAACGGGCAACAUUUGAGCUAUGCAGAGGAUCCUCUGAACCUGGAAUUUAAGCUGACGGCUAAGAGAAUACCGGAGCAGAUAGCUCAGACCUUCAAGAACUUGGUUGGUCCGAUAGGAUCGAGGGAAUUUGACUGGUUGAAAAUAGCAGUGACCGAUUUCAAUGAGAGACAUUCCGCCAGCGAGUGCAGAGCAAUGUGGAACGUUUUCCUACAUCCUGACAUCAACAAGAGUAAAUGGAAGAAGGCUGAGGACAUGGAUCUGAAAAAGUUGGCUGAGAAUUACAAUUUUCAAAACUGGGACCUAGUGGCUGAAAAAUUGGGCACAAACCGUACAGGAUAUCAAUGUUUUAUUAGAUUCAAUACCAAUUUUAGAAACAACAUGUUGAACAGGAACAGUUUUUGGUCAAAAGAAGAAGACCAGAAACUUAUUGACGCUGUAAAUGGAUUGAGGACUGGGAAUUUUAUUCCAUGGGGAGAGGUCGCUAAGCUUAUGGGACAGAGACGAAAGCAGCAGAUAUACAUGCGCUGGAAUUACAGUCUUGCUCCUAAUUUGAAAAAGGGUAGAUUCACCGAAGAAGAGGACAAGCUCCUACUUGCAGGUGUUAACAAGUUUGGGGCUAAUUUCACAAAAAUUUCAGUUUCUCUGCUACCCCACAGAACUACGGCGCAGUUGAACGAUCACUAUAGAACACUUCUGCAUGAGAAAAAAAAUGAGUGGACUUUACAAGACGAUACCAAACUGGUAGAUCUCGUUGAAAAAUUUGGCAAUAAUUGGUCCGCUAUUUCCAAAGAAUUCUCCAACAAGUCUAGAGUCCAAGUUAGACAUCGUCAUACGUCGAUACUCCGAUAUCUGAGUCGGGGCUUGUCCCUCAGAUCCAUACCCAGGUGGGGACAAAAGUCUGAAGAAGCUUGCAUCGAAGAUUCAACGAUGACUGGUGAAGAAAGGCUUCAAGAAAUAAGUAGGUGUUUGAGAACUCCGUAUGAAAAGGAUGGAAACGAUGGAAAGAGAAGUAAUCUAUCUGAUAUUGAUAUAGAGCUUCAGGAUUACUUCAAAGGAAUGUAUCGAACCACUUCGAAACCUGGAAGAAACAGCAAAUUUUAUACCGCCGAGGAGCUCAACUAUAAAACUCCGAGACUUCACGUUAUUUUGCAACUGCUGAAUGCUGAUCUUGAUAUUCCUGAUGAUUUCGACCAGGAACCACAGUUGACGGAAAAAGAUAAGCAGCUGCUGACUUCGUUAGUAAAGUAUUCAAGGGAUGAAACCCUGGCGUCUGACAUGCAACAAAAAUUGGUUGAAUAUACCAGGCAAAAAAUGUUUGGAUCAUCUAUGCUGACAGAGUGUGAAGAUCGUUUUAUACCACCGUUUCCAUUUGAUGGUAAGAAAAUUAUCUCACGAAUUAAAAAAGGAACAGUUACCGGAAUAAAUUACAAUCCUAUGAACGAGCCAACCACUGUUGAACUAGAUAAAAACUUCAAAACACCUGAGCUAGUCAUAUCGCAAAUGGGCGGUUUGCAAAGCGAACUUGCAUUUGAGAAGAUGGCCAAGAAAUUUAUCGGCAAAACCGAAAACUUUCCGACAGAUACUGUGUUUUCAAAGGAGAUACCUGAACGAUCCGGUAAACUAUUGCCGAUAAAAUUCAUUUCCCUACCAAAUAGUGGGAAGUUAAAUAGUGCAAGUGAAAUUAUUGAUAUGAACGCCCCAAGUACAUCAGGUAUCGUUUCGAAUCCAGAUACAAGUGAAACAGAGCAAAGUAUGCCAGGUAUAAAUGAGUCAUCUUCGAAAAUUACCAGAAGGAAACUCACCAAGUAUUGGCCAGAAAUGCUGAUACCUCCAAAUUACACAACUUUACUAGGGUUUCGUGGAAUAUUAUUAUCAAAACACAUUCUCGAGGCAGAUAAUUUGGUGGAAGACGAAUAUGAUGAACUUGAAGAUUAUAGGAUGACAACAGAGGGUCGACAAGCCUUGGAAUUAUUUGAGGAACGUUUAGCCAAGCUUUUUAAAUUUCCUAUAGAAUUGUCCGAAGUAGCACCACCUGUAUUACACGAUAUGAGAGAAAAAGAUUUGGACAGUGUUGGGAACAAUUGUCAAAGAAGAAGAAAAGGCAGUAAGGAAUGUGGGGGAUCGGAAACAAAAAGAAAAGCAAAGUUUGCAAAACUCAAUGUUGAAGAAAUUUCUGAGACAUGAAUUUCAUAAAAAAUCAGCUAUCUACAUUGUAUAUGUACAAUGUAUUCUCCCUUAAUGGUUCAGACUUGUUAAAUGACACUGCACAACCUUAUGUCCUAAAGUUUCCUGCAAUUGUAUUAACCUCUUAACCUACGAUUUAAGUUCCGAUUGCGUGAGCCUAUAAUCAACAGCAAGGUCGGUCAUAUGUGUAAAUAUCACGGCUUUCACUCGUGAUUCUCAUGUUUGGCCCAGUCGACGUAGCACGUCUCCCAUGACAUUGUAGGUGCAGGGGUUAACAUCAUUUCUAUGUUUAUCACGUAUCGUAUCUAUGAUGAUAUUCAUCAUAUUUAUAUACUAAAAAACUUCACAAUUUCGAUUGCACUUGCAGCUAAAGUAUAUAGCUAAUAUGUAUAUCCAUUACGAAAAUACCGUUUAAUACCUUUUUCUAUAUUUCUACAAUGUAAUGAUUUGUCUCAUGUUUACUAUAUUUAUGAGAAUUACAGUAAUUGAACAAUCCAAAAAUAUUUUAUAAUCUCUAAACCGUCAUAAUAUAAUACUAAAAGAAGCUGCAGUGUCUGCUGUUAUUUGUGUUUUAAAUAAAAAUAUAUUUUCUACAAUAUGUCGGAAACACUCAAGCUGUAUGACGCCCCUAUGAUGUCCUUGAAAACACAAUACAAUUUCUUGUCGAUAUUACUACUCUCAGUACCAUAGACGAGUUACAUGUGUUCGCGGAUAAGCAAGAAAGAAUUUUCCUUUCUUGAAGAAUUUUAUUUGCGUACUACAUCAUAGUUACAUAAUAUAUUUGAUGGGUGAAACUUCAUAAAAUACAACUGUUUAUGCUUCGA